GAUUGUCAUUUAGUACCCGUUUCUGAAAGAAAGAAAGAAAAAGAAUGAAAGAAAACGCUUCAAUGGAAACUGGGUCGAGCUCAGAAUUCAUAGAUAGGGGUAAGAGGCAUGAUCCUAGUGCUGCCAAAGUUGAGCCAUUUGUGCCAAGAAGUGAGCACAAUCCUAAAGAGUUGAGAUCGUGGGCAAAGAGAACUGGGUUUGUGUCUGAUUACUCUGGGGAAGCUGGGACUAGUGCUAGUGAGAAGUUUGAUAGUGUUGAGUUUCAUGCAGAGAAGAGUGUUAUUGAUGAUCAGAGAGAAGGAGGAUCCUCACCCACGAUAGAGAUUGAUCCGGUCCUGGGCCUGGCCAGGCCCAACAGGGACAAUGAGAUUGAACCAGUUUUUUUGUCCAAGAAUGGAGCCAUAAGGAGUGAGAAUGAAAGAGUUUUGAGGUCAAAGGAUGUGUGGAAUGGAGCAGUGGGGAAUCAAAACCACAAGAGUAGAAAUGAGGAUGAGCCUGCUUUGGCUUUGGCCGGUAAUGGUGACAAGAAAGUUGGGUUAAGAGGGAAUGGCGAUGUUAAUGGAGUAGCAGUGAAUAUGACUCGGGAUAGUAAUAGCCAUGGAGUUUCUUCAGUUGCUCCUCUGCCAGAGCAGAAGGAGGAGGAAGACACAGGUGAAGGAGUUGUUAAGGUGAAUCUGUAUCCAGAUGAGGAGGAACCUGCUGAUAGAGGGUGGCAAGGACCCUCUGGAUUGAAGUACGGGCUCACUGAAAAUCCGGGUCUUGUACCUCUUAUCUAUUACGGCCUGCAGCACUACCUAUCAUUGAUUGGCUCGCUAGUAUUAAUACCAUUAAUCAUGGUACCAGCCAUGGGAGGAACAGAUAACGAUACUGCUAAUGUAAUUUCUACAAUGCUGUUUCUUUCUGGCAUCACAACAAUACUGCAUUCCUACUUCGGUACCCGACUACCUUUAGUUCAAGGGAGCUCAUUUGUGUAUUUGGCACCGGCUUUAGUUAUCAUAAAUUCUGAAGAAUUUCGAAAUCUUACACAACAUAAAUUUAAGCACAUAAUGAGGGAAAUCCAAGGGGCUAUAAUUGUUGGUUCAAUAUUCCAAUGUAUACUGGGAUUUAGUGGUUUAAUAUCUCUUCUUCUCAGGAUAAUCAACCCAAUUGUGGUGGCUCCAACUGUUGCUGCUAUAGGUUUAGCAUUCUUCAGCUAUGGCUUUCCACAAGCUGGCACUUGCAUGGAAAUUAGUAUUCCACAGAUAGCAUUAGUUCUAAUAUUCACACUGCAUCUUCGAGGAGUAUCAGUCUUUGGACAUCAUAUGUUUCGAAUUUAUGCUGUUCCCUUGAGUGUUACAAUGACUUGGAUAUAUGCGUCAUUUUUAACAGCUGGGGGAGCAUAUAACUACAAGGGAUGCAAUCCCAAAAUCCCAAGUUCAAACAUUCUGACUGAUGCAUGCAGAAGGCAUGCUUAUACCAUGAAGCAUUGCAGGACUGAUAUAUCCAAUGCAUUAUCAACUUCUGCGUGGCUCAGAAUUCCUUACCCUUUACAGUGGGGUUUCCCUAUUUUCCAUUUUAGGACUUGCAUUAUCAUGACCAUAGUGUCGCUGGUUGCCACUGUGGAUUCAGUUGGAACUUAUCAUACUGCAUCUCUGCGAGUCAAUUUGAGGCCUCCAACUCCAGGAGUUGUGAGCAGAGGAAUUGCAUUGGAGGGUUUGUGCAGUACAUUGGCUGGUCUUUGGGGUUCGGGUACUGGAUCAACAACCUUGACAGAAAAUGUUCAUACAAUUGACACAACAAAAGUGGCAAGUCGUAGGGUGGUGGAACUUGGAGCAGCUUUCAUGAUUCUGUUUUCCCUUAUGGGAAAAGUAGGUGCUCUUCUUGCUUCCAUUCCACAGGCCUUGGCUGCUUCUGUAUUGUGUUUCAUGUGGGCUCUUAUGGCAGCAUUAGGCCUGUCCACCAUACAGUAUGGUCAAUCAGGAAGCUUUAGGAACAUGACAAUAGUUGGCGUUUCAUUAUUCCUUGGUCUAUCCAUCCCUGCCUACUUUCAACAAUACCAACCUCAAACCACUCUGAUACUUCCCCCUUAUCUUGUACCUUAUGCAGCUGCAUCUAGUGGACCAUUCCAUUCUGGCAUUAAACAACUUGAUUUUGCUAUGAAUGGUCUUAUGUCCUUAAACAUGGUGGUUACAAUGUUGGUGGCAUUCAUACUGGACAACACAGUCCCAGGAAGUCAACAAGAACGAGGGGUGUAUAUAUGGUCCCGAGCUGAAGACAUUGCAACUGAUCCUUCACUGCCAUUAGCAUAUUCUUUGCCGAGGAAAAUUGCUAGGUGUUUCUGCUGGGCAAAAUGUUUGGGUGUCUAAAUACUAGACUACCUCUGAUUUCUUGUAUUCAUGGGCCUAAGGUAACAUUCAUUGCUGAUCCAUGAAGCUUAGAAGAUAUUGCAGCUCAUGAAGAAUAAAAAUA